AUGCGGUUAUUGUGUUUAAGAGACGAUCAACCAUUCGUGAAGCUGGUGAAGAAUAAAGCUUAUUUCAAGCGAUAUCAAGUCAAAUACCGCAGAAGACGCGAGGGCAAGACCGAUUUUUAUGCAAGGAGAAAACUUGUUGUACAAGCCAAGAACAAAUACAAUGCACCAAAGUAUCGCUUGGUCGUUCGCUUCACGAAUUCGGAUGUAAUAGCUCAGGUUAUAUCCGCACGUAUCAAUGGUGACGUGGUCCUGACAGCGGCAUAUGCACAUGAAUUACCAAGAUACAACAUUAAAGGUGGUCUAACAAAUUGGGCUGCUGCUUAUUCAACUGGUCUUUUGAUCGCUCGACGACUUUUGACUCAAGUUGGCUUGGCGGACAAGUACGAAGGUGUUCUCGAAGCUGACGGUUCAGUAAGCCAAGUCGAAGCCAUUGAAGACGGGCCUCGCCCGUUCAAAGUAUUCUUAGAUGUGGGGCUGAAAAGAACAACUACAGGCUCCAAAGUCUUUGCGGUUAUGAAGGGUGCCUCUGAUGGUGGCUUAUUCGUUCCUCAUUCUGAGAAUCGCUUGGCUGGCUAUGAUCCUGAAUCGAAAUCGCUAGAUGCCGAGUUUCUUCGCAAAUCUAUUUAUGGUGGUCGCGUAGCUGACUAUAUGCGUCAUCUCCAAGAAGAGGAUGACGAUAAAUACAAGCGUCAGUUUUCAAAAUUCGUCGCGGCUGGUAUUGGACCAGAUGACUUGGAAGGCAUGUACAAGAAAGCGCAUGAAGCUAUCCGUCGUGAUCCUGUCAUGAAAAAGACGACGAAGAAGGGAGACUACAAAGCUUUUAAGAAGUACAAGAAAACACGACUGAACCUUAAACAAAGGCGGGCAAAAGUUGGACAAAAGAUCGCCUCAUUUAAACGAACCCUUGCUAACGAAGAAUAA